AUGUGUCGGCCGCCUGAUGUAAUUCCCGGCGCGGCUCAGUCCGAGGCGGAGGAAGAACUCGACGCCAGGUGGCGGGCUCAGCAAAUUGACGAUGCCGCUGCUGCGUACGGCGGUGCUUGGAACUGGAAUCCUAUGACUGCUCCUGGCGGUUGGUUAUUUGGCGGUAACGCCGGAAUGUACGGCAUGAUGUCAGCAGACCCAUCGCAAAUGACCGCCAUGCAAACCCGCCAACCGCUUCAAGCGCAGUGGCUGCUCCCGCAGCACGCCCAACCCGCCCUCCCCAAACCGCCGCAAAUGCAACCCCCAACCGCGCACACGCCGUCCGCGCAGCAGAUGUUUUCGAUGAGCUGGCCGCCGCACGCCGCGCACGGCAUGUCGGCGCCUUCCCCGAUUUUGGCGGCGAAGGGCCCGCUGGGGUACAUGUCGCAAGGCAUGGCGCAGGGCAUGGCGCAGGGCAUGGCGCAGGGAAUCCCGUGCGGGCUGCCGCAGGAGAUGGAUUUCCACGCGGGCGACAUGGGCGCGAUGAGCACGGACGGCUUGACGGCGGAGGAGCUCGCAGACCUCGACCCGAAGAAGCAUAAGAGGAUGAUGUCGAACCGCGCGUCGGCGAAGCGGUCUCGGCAACGGAAGCAGGAGCGACUCGAGGAGCUGGAGAUCCAAAGCGCGAAACUGCGCGUCGAGAACGCGGCCGUCACGCGGCGCCUUAACGAGGCGUCAGACCACAUUCGGCAAUACCAAGAGAGCAACGACCGCCUGCAGAACGAACUCAAACGGCUACGCGACGCGCUCACCCGCGCUGGCGUCCCCGUUGCGAACAAACCGACUGACGCUGCGGCGGAUGCGGGCAUGAGCGCGGACUUCGCGCUCAAGGUUGGCCAGGCGGGGAAGCGGGAGGUGACGGAGCCGUCGGCGGAAGGCGCGGGGAACAAGCGCGCGAGACUAGUGGCUCCGACGAGUUUUGAAGAGUUGGAAGAGGAGGGCGUGCACUCGCCCAGCGCGAUCACGGGCGCGUCCGCGCUGCCGUCGCAUGCGGAGGGAGUCGCGGCGGACGCGGCUGUGGUGGCGCACGGAGCAAACGGAGCGAACGCGGGGAAUGAUGGGUUGGCGCGGGCGCGUGCGAUGGGUGCGGGGUUGACAGGUGUGAAGGAGAUGGGUGUGAAGGACGCGGAUACGUUGGCGGAUGCGGAGUUCCUGGCGGGACUCAUCGGGUGCUUCGACGAUGGCAAGCCUCUCGAGGCGCUCAUCUGA